AGGUAGUCAGCGUCCAUCCCUAAAAUAGGCCAUUUCAAACUGACUUUAAGAAAAGUCGGUCAGCUUUAUUAAAAACCUCUUUUUCUUCACAGGUGUUACACGCAGCCUUUGUGCCAUACUGAGAUGUAGGAUUGGACCCUGAGUUUGUUUUCGGUCUGAUCUAACAGAGGAUUUGGAGCCGGAACAUUCUGAAGAUGACUUUCGCCAUGCUGCGGCCUGUGGCGACACACUUGAUCUACUCAGACUUCACCAUCACGUCUGAGGAUGAUGAAAACCGCAGCGAGAGCGACGGCAGCUCGGAGCAAAGUUACUGCGGCUCCACCGUGAAACGAAGGAGGAUUUCGCGCAAACUGGAGGGAGAGGCCCCGAUGGUGGUGAAACAGAGGAGCGCGGCUAACGCCAGGGAGAGAGGCAGGACCCAGAGUGUCAACACCGCGUUCACAGCUCUUCGGACUCUCAUACCCACCGAGCCGGUGGACAGAAAGCUCUCCAAGAUUGAAACGCUCCGACUGGCAUCCAGCUACAUUUCCCAUCUGGCCAACGUGCUCCUGCUCGGAGACGGCGGCGCUGAUGGACAGCCCUGCCUCGGCGCGGUUCAUGCGCAAGGAGAGAGCGGGGCGCAGCAGCCGCGGACCAUCUGCACCUUCUGUUUGAGCAACCAGAGGAAAGGGAUUAAGGAUGGAAAAGACUGUUUAAAAAUGCGAGGGCUGGGUCCGCUGCGAAUGAGACGCUGACUGAAGACCAGUGAAUGAUUAGCAACCUGAAAAUCCUCAAAGACUUUCUCAGGGAAGAGUCAAAGCUGGUGUUACAUAUCACACACACACACACACACACACACACACACACACGCUGGAUCAAAUGAUGGAACCAAAGAAGGGGCUAUUUAUACUUGACUGGGAAAUUUAAGCAUAAGCCUUUCAGAGAUGCAGUGCAUUUGUUUGAAAACUUAUGAGUUCUUGUUCUUUUUUUCUUUUUUUUUUACCCUUCAAAAAGUUUAAAUAAAA